GCAAGUGGCGCAGUGGUGCCGAGAGUCACGCGACACACUCAGCUCCUGUGCGUUGUGUUGAGCCCGAGACAUCAAAGCUCUCUGUGGGUUGUGCUCGAGCCAAGACAUCCAAAUCCACCCAGCAUUGGCCAAUAUGGCGAGCGGCGGCCGGCCUCAGUCCGAGCUACCCCUGUACCCUGAGCCCCCGCCACCCUACUGGGCCGAUUCUGCCACCGGAGCCCGCCCGCGCUCGGAGAAAUCCCGCCCGCGCCGCCGACGAUCUGAGUCGCCGCCUCGCACCAGCAGACAGCCGGCUGCGGCGCGCCGCCAGGGAAGCCGAGAGGGAUCCGAGUCCCGCCGACAGCGCAGGGAGCGGCGAGAGCGCCGGUCCGGCAGCGCCGCCUCAUCUCGCUCCUGCAGUGCCAGUCGUGCGGAGGGUCUGAGCGUCUGGGAGCCUCGGCCCGCCGGCCGAGAUGGCCGUCCGGCAGAAGGAGCAGCGGCGCGGGACCAGCCUGACGGUGUGAUGCGGAGCAGUGCCCACGCUGGUCCCCUGGUCCAUCUGCCGCGCGUGCCUCCAUGCGAACUGGAAGAGAAGUUUAGGAAGUCGAAGGCGUUCAGAUAUGGCAGACGGAAGCUGGUGUUGAAGGGAGGUUUGAGGCGGCCCGUGCUGGAGCUGGUGGAUCGGAACGGAAACGACCCGGACCCGCCGCCGUCUCGGCCAGCGCGGUCCUCGGGGCGCCAUGGACGCUCGCGCAAGUCGGACAAAGAGGCUCGCCGGGCAGAACAGCAGUCACGGAAGAGGGCGCCGCCGCCGCGGCCGCCGCCUCCUAACCUGCAGGCUGCGCUGGGCUCACCACCGUCCUAUGAAGAGACGCUAAAAAUGGACUCUGCGGCGGCCGACCGGCUGGCGGAGCCCAUUUCGGAGAGCGGUAACCCGUUCCUGAUGGGAGUCCGCCGCACGUCAGACCGACCGGCCGCCUCCCCGCUACACCGCGACCACUCCUCGUCCGCCCUGACAUCUACCGGCAGUUCCGGGAACCUGGCCGGCGGCUCGGUGUCACGGAACUCCAGCACCAGGUCCGCUGCGGAUAGCUCCAGAUCCGCGGCGGAUGACUCGUCCCGCAGAUCCAGCGCCACGCCCUCGCUGGACAGCGCGUCUGCGGCCGUUAUCUCUGACACGCAGAGCGAGCCAGCUGGGGCGGACCCCUGGUCGCGCCGGUCGAGCGGAGUGGCCUCUGGAGACCCACAGGGGAGUGGAGCGGAGAGGAGUUCCUUCGACAGCGGUCAGGAGGGCUCAUCAUCAGCCACCCAGAGCAGCAGGUCCAGCUAUAAUCCAUUCCAUCCGCUACCGGCAGACGGACAGGCCGGUCAAUCCGCAAGCGCAUCGACUUCCUCUGUCACCGCACCGCCACGCCACAGCCGAGCGGGUCCCGCGGGUAGCGGUCUGACCCCGUCGGCCGGCUGGGCGGGCUCCAACAGCAGCUCGGCUCACAGAGACUCGGGCUGGGCAGGCCGAGUCAGUCGUACUGCCUCUCAGCUUAACCACAGUCCUUUCACCAGAGACGGGCCGGGCAGGACGGCGCACCACGGCGCGCCGUUUGGACGGGAGACCGUGUGGGCUGGGAGGAUCACCCGGGCUGACUCGACCUCGGAUAAGAUGGUGACCAGAGGCUCGUCGGGGUCACUGUCUAAGGAUGGCGAGAGUGCGUCUGGAACCUCACCCAGUGAGCCUUCCGGCUCUGUGUCUCAAGCAGUUGAAGCUCCGGUAAGCAGGUCCGAUACCAUCCGGUCGGCUGGAGCCGCGACAAGCACAUCAGCAAGUACUUCAGCUAGUCUUUCUACCAGUCCAACUAGCAGUCUUCCAGCCAGUCCUGUAAGAAGCCAUCCAGCCAGUCCCGCAGCUAGCCCUGCAGCUAGUCCUCCAGGUAGUCCACCAGCUAGUCCCCCAACCAGCCCUCGAACUGCGCGACCAACAAGAUCAGCCACCAGCUCCCCACCGGUCCCGUCUUCUACUCCUCUGGUUCUGACCGUCUAUACCACCGUCAGCCACGAAUCGGCCGAUGACUCGGCUGGACAGUCGGCCGGCGAGUCAGCGAGUCUCACGGUGGGAGAGUCAGUGAGUCAUGCAGCGGGAGAGGCACUGAGUCGCACAACCGUUGAGUCAUUGAGCUCUCCGGUCGGCUCGGCUCACGCCUCAUCCGUCUCUCCGGCUGGUGCCAGAUCCGGUGAAGGCUCGGCUCGAUCCUCAGUCACUUCUCCGGACAGAGCUGGCGUCACCUCUUCAACCACCAGCCCCGCUCUUCAUAAUGGCGACUCGUUGGCCGAAAACGGUGACCUGGUGGAUACAGGAGACCGAUGUGAUCGUUCGGAGGGGGUCGUGCUGAGGAGGAACCGUGGCGGCGCGUCGGCAGGGGCGGCACGAGUGACGUCUUCGACGGUGGAUGCCCAUCGGGGGUCCGGCGACGCUCCACCACUGAACUGGGGACUGCCCGUCGAACCGGUGACGUCAACCACACCACAAGCAGUAGCCCUGUACGACUUUCACUCCUCGGCGCCUGGCGACCUCCCAUUUAAGGCGGGCGACUCUCUGGUACUUGUUCGUCGUGUGACGGCCGACUGGCUUCUCUGCCAAGUGGGGGACCGGCACGGCCUGGUACCGGCUCACCACGUCCGAGAGACGGUCCCUCUGCCCACCUCCCUCUCCGUGUCCCUGCCUGGAGCGGCCUCCCCGCUCCCUCCAGCCCCGGGCUUGUCCUCGAGCCAGUCAACCAGCCCCGAGUCGCAGCCCACCAGCCCCGACGGUCCGCCCGCUCAGGGUCAGCGCGCGAUGGCGCUGUACGACUUCGUACCUCAGGAGAAGUACGAUCUGGGUUUUAAGGCUGGCGACAUGCUUCUGGUCGUGGGAAAACUGAACAACGACUGGGGCUACGGCAGCCGGCGCGGCGUCUCUGGACAGUUUCCGCUGUCCUACGUGGAUGUGGAGGUCGAGAAUGUGCCCACCAUCUGAGUGAGCACAGUCAUACAGGCAGUACCGACCACCUGAUCACGUCUGGCAUCGAAUCAUCGACCUAAGGUCGCCAACCACCUGCCACUGACAUCGUGCUUCCGACCUCUGACUGCCGACAUGGACCGUCGACCACCGACCACUGACCGACUCGACACGAGUCGCGCGGUCAAUCUUUGAUGUUUGCCGACGAUGGACUAGCCGAUUUCAGGCUGUCGUUGUCUUUUGGCGAAAGUGGAAGCAUUUCGAAAGUGAAUGGAUUUCAGUUCCACAUCGUGCAGUCGACAGAAUGUGGACGGAAAGCGAGUGAGAUUUUGUCAACGUCCAUCUUUCUACAUAUAAAGCAUGAGUGGAAUGGCACACUGGGAGGGGAUGAAAUGUUGCCUCUUCCGAGCGAGGAGACGAGAAACUGUGUGAUGGAAUAUAACCAAUUGGUUGUAACACUGGGACAAGGAUUAAGUGGUGAAUGUGAUGCCAAUAACUAUGCUAAGUUAUCCUGCCGAGGAAGAUUGGUCUAAAUGAGGGCUCUAAAUGAAAGGGGGUGCUGUAGCUGUCCCCAGAACGCUGCUGUGAUCGUCCCGCGGUAUGACCAAGUCACUGGCGGAACGGUCGGGUCAAUUCCAACCGGCCGGUUGUAUCGAGGCACUUUGCCUCGGCUCACAUUUAUACCAAUAACUUGGAGCUUAACGUCUUCUACCCGCUCUGUCGCUGUGAAUACAUACUCGGGCGUUUUUAGAGCUUCAUUCGGGUCUAAGACUGAUGCGCUUUGUCAACGCUGCGUAGAAGGUAUAUUUAUAGUCGCAAGCCGGCAGACUUUCAAUGGGGUCCCGUCUUUCUAUUGGCGUGGCCUCACUCGAAUCACAGUCACUGGGGACAUUUUCAGCCGACUGGCUUAUUUUUAUAAUGUGCUCGACCAUUCAUAGAGAUUAGCCCGGAAGUUGGCCGAAGACUGUGCCAUACCAGAUAAAACUGUCGAUGAUGUGCAUUUUAACGAUUGUGUGUGACAUAGAUUUAGACACUGUGCCUUGACCAACGCAGGAACGCAUCGAUCAUAUGGGUUGGAUAUAGCGAUUAGCGAAAAAGGGUACACAUUCCCUCUCUGCCAGGUGAUACAAUUUGCGUCUAUCCCGUCUGUUUCUUGCUUGACCGCUAUCAGACCAGAGAUGCCCAUUAACGACAUUCGUCGAAUCACUUUUGCUAAAUAGUCAACAUUCACAAUCAUUUUGUGAAAUUAAAGUAUUUAUCUGGCACAAACAUGCCGAAGGCUGCUUUGCGACGAACUUCUACGUUUUUUUCAGCCUACAAAUGACCAACGAACGCUGCGAUCCGAACUUUGUCAUGCUCGUAUUGAUAAGUUGAUAGCUUCUAUUUCAUUGACCUCGGAGAUUCAUUUGCCCUUCCUCUCCUGUUGUGAAACCUAAAUAAUACCGUGUCGGCACGGCACCAUACAUUAUUCGAUGCCAACUAGCCUGCUCCUCUUCUCAGGAUAUUACCCUGCUUCCCAUAAUAAACCAUAGGCCUUGGUUUUAUUCCUCCAAAGUAUCAGCGUAUGACAAAUGAUCGAUAGGUGUAUAAGAUUAAAUAAGUGCGGGUGUUUUUCUAACGAUAUGCUGUUUGAGAUUGUCCGAGUGCUUUGCCGGUCGCCUUUCGACGGUAGCUUCUGGGCAAUGCACGGGGCAUGUGAUGACUGGUGCUAUUGAAAAUCAGCUGUUUUGUACGAUGACGAAUAUAUGACUGCUUUCUA